GCUUGGAGCUCUCUUGGCUAAACACAAUUUCAUUCCAGUGUUGGUUGUUUAAUCGUUUGGAUGUGUCUCCACGACAACGGCCAUCAAAAGCAACAACAUUUUCGUUUCCAAUUCGUGGAGACAAUGAAAAACAAAACAAGUCGAAUUGAACAUUUUUGAGUUCUUUUGUUUCAAUCUCGAACCGAGCCAAAGUGCACUGGGGUGUGACCGAAAAUAAAACUCAAAUUGGCAAUAAACAAUCCAAGAUUCAUUCAUCAUGGCUCAGGUGGCCACAGUGGAUGAGCGGAUCAACGAAUCUGAGAUGAAAGCCAUGGAUGCGAAUCGAUAUGCUACGAAAAAGACUAUCGCCCAGGGAAUGCUGGACAUAGCUCUUCUGACGGCGAACGCUUCUCAAUUGAAAUAUAUCCUCCAAGUUGGCGAACAACAUCAGUUCUACAAGUUAAUGCUGAUCCUGAUUAGUCUGUCCAUAGUGCUGCAGAUUCUGUCGGGCGUGCUGAGUCUGUCUCUGAGUUUGCUGCGGGACUGCCGGCUGCACCAGCCAGAGUUUCACCAAUCGGCCAAUGUAAUAAACCACGUUCGCACGGGUUUCGCCUUUUUCACAACGAUGAUAAAUCUAUUUAUCUCGGCCUUUGACAGUCGCUUGCCCCCGCCGCAGGGUGACCUCCUAAACAACGUUAACUAGUGUGCUUCAGUGGAAUUAUUGUAUUGAUCUAACCACUUUCCACAUCCAUUUCGACAGCUUUUGGUGGGCAUUCUGUUUGUGGCCAUCGGUAGUCUCAACAUAAACAAACAGCAGGAUCAGACCGCGGCCGUUAUCCUGAACGAUGUAA